AUGAAUUGAACCUGACUCCACCCUCUGUUAUUAAACUCCAACUAUCUAGACUAUUCACGCACACUCCAGUUCACACUAAAGUGUGUUUGAAGAAAGUUGAACAUGGCAGAAAAAGACAGAGAGGAGUCAGAGUAUUUUCUUGAGAAUGAAGAAGAUGAUGAAGUGCAUGAUAUAGAAUGCAAUACUAGUGCUAAUGGUGGGAGUAGUAGCACCGGAAGUGAUGAUGAGGAUGGAAAUGAAGGUGGGCAUGGCUCAAGAAAAUCACCCACUUCAACUUUUUCUUCUCAGCAAUGGCCUCGAAGUUACAGGGAAGCAACAGAUUCAUACACAAUUGCUGCAUCGCCAAAUUUUGGGCUUAUUCGACGUUCAUCUACCUUCAGACAUUCAUUUUACGAUGUCAGUGCUAGAACCAGUUUAGACGAUGUUACUAAGACCUCUUUAUUGGGGGAAUAUGAAAAAAAUUACAAGAAAGAAGAGUUAGACAGGGUAUCAAGAUCUUCGUGGUGGUCUGAGAAGGCUUCACUGCAUGAGGAUUUCGCAGGAGAACUUCCUAUUGGUCAUGGAUGCAGCCUUACUCAAACUAUUUUCAAUGGAGUAAAUGUGCUGGCUGGAGUUGGGAUUCUCUCUACCCCUUAUGCGGUUAAAGAAGGUGGCUGGGCAAGCUUGGGAGUGCUAGUUCUGUUUGCUGUCAUAUGCUGCUAUACAGCUUCUCUCAUGAGACAUUGUUUUGAAAGUAAAAAAGGAAUUUUAACCUACCCUGACAUAGGAGAAGCUGCUUUUGGAAAAUAUGGACGGCUUUUCAUAUCAAUCGUUUUGUACACAGAACUAUAUUCUUACUGUGUGGAAUUCAUUACUUUGGAAGGGGAUAAUCUCACCAGGUUAUUUCCUGGAGCAGCCUUAAAUUGGGGUUUUCUUAACCUGGACUCCAUGCAUUUCUUUGGAAUUCUCACUGCUGUUGCUGUUCUGCCAACUGUGUGGUUAAGAGAUCUAAGAGUAAUUUCAUACCUUUCAGCUGGAGGAGUCCUCGCAACACUUAUGAUUAUUAUUUGUGUGGCUUUUCUUGGCACAAUGAACGGUAUCGGAUUUCAUCAAACUGGCCCAGCAGUUAAUUUCAGUGGGAUGCCUUUUGCAAUUGGUGUAUAUGGUUUUUGCUAUUCCGGACAUGCUGUUUUUCCCAACAUCUAUCAAUCAAUGGCUGAUAAAACAAAAUUUACCAAGGCACUUAUGAUAAGUUUUCUAUUGUGCGCUCUUCUGUAUGGGAGUGUUGCAAUCAUGGGAUAUCUUAUGUUUGGUCAAGACACGUUGUCUCAAAUAACUUUAAAUAUGCCAGACCAUCUCUUUGCUUCAAAAGUGGCACUAUGGACAACGGUUAUUAAUCCACUAACGAAGUAUGCACUUUUGAUGAACCCACUGGCACGGAGUAUAGAAGAGCUGCUGCCUAUUGGUGUUGCCAAUAGUAUAUGGUGUUUCAUUUUUCUUAGAACAGCACUUGUUGCCUCAUCUGUAUGCGUUGCAUUUCUUGUUCCAUUCUUUGGUCUUGUGAUGGCUUUGAUUGGUUCUCUUUUAAGCGUUCUUGUGGCAAUCAUAAUGCCAGCAUUGUGUUUCUUGAAAAUCUUGGGGAAGAAAGCAACAACUAUGCAGAAAGUCUUGAGUACUACAAUCGUCGUGGUCGGUGUUGCCACUGCGGUCAUCGGAACUUUCUCUUCAUUGUUGGAGAUUGUGAAGAAGUAUUAGAAAGCUGGGUCACUGGGACACUGCUUGCCCAUUUUGGUGAACUGGGGGGCUGUGUGAUCUGUCCUAAAUCCUCAUUAUAGUUUCGUUCUUUGUCUUUUUAUGUGCUUCAUGGUGUUAAGAAGUAUGCACUUUUUAUAAUCAAUCGACUGUGAUGUACUUACAUUUGAGAGGCAUAUUAUAUACUACUGUAUUGUGACGAAGAUGCAUUGAACAGUAUCUUCGUCACUCCACCGUUCUCCAAAAAGACAGUGAUCGUAUUAAAUUGAUAUAUUAGAUAACGUGAAAUUUUAUAC